CAAAAGCAGUCAGCCAUGUGGAAGUACCACAGCAGAUCCCCAGACUAUCUGUUCCCCAAAUUUUGGGACAUGGCCUGAAGUAGAGAAAGUUGUCUGAUGCAAUAAUUUUAUCACAUAUUUCUCUGUAGACUGAUAGUCCCCAGUGGGCCAGGAUUUGUUCUCCGGGGUAGAGAAUCUUAAAAUAUCAGAUCCAAGUGGAAAGAGGUCUCACCACAUUGCUUUAUUUAAAUUCUACUGCCACAUUCCACCAGGGGAAGAAUACUGCCCCAGUCUAGGUAGAUGUAUCAGAAAAAGAAUAAUUUGGGCUGACAACUGAAAGAUUUUCACAGGGAUGGAGGUGGAGCAGCUCCUGACUCUAUCUGGAUCGGCGCUGGCCCAGGCUGUCAGCUCUCUGCUGGAGUCCCCUGGCCUCUAUGUCUUCUCUGACAUCCUCGAGCUGCCCAACGUUAAAGAACUGGAGAACGGCCCUCAUGCGCCAGUGUACCAGCUCCUCAAUCUCUUCGCCUACGGAACCUACUGCGACUACAAAGAGCGAGCCGCUUCACUUCCAGAGUUGACUCCUGCACAGAAGAACAAGCUUCGCCAUCUGUCCAUCAUCAGCUUGGCAUCCAACCUCAAGUGUCUUCCAUACUCGCUGCUGCUGCAGCAGCUGGAGCUGAAGAAUGUUCGGGAGCUGGAGGACCUGCUGAUCGAAGCCGUCUAUUGCGACAUCAUCCAGGGCAAACUGGACCAGAGGAACCAGCAGGUGGAGGUGGAUUGUAGCGUGGGUCGUGACCUUGGUCCCAACGAGCUCCCAAACAUCAUAAACACCCUGCAGGAGUGGUGCACCGGCUGCGAGGCGGUGCUGUGUGGAAUCGAGGAGCAGGUCUCGAGGGCCAACCAGUACAGAGAGAGCCAGCUGAAGGUCAAAGUUCAAGUGGAAACAGAGAGUGGGAGAGCCUGUUGUUAUAGACCCACCAUCCCAGAGAUGCAGAAGUUCAACAGACAAGUGUUUAAGGUGAAGAGAGUGGCUCAAACAGCACAAGGAGAGGAGCCCAGCACCAGCACAGAAAGUGAGGCAGAUGGGUUCUGGAGUUCAGAGCAGGCUAGGAAAUACACUGCAGAGAAGACGUCCAGCGGACCAGUGGCGAAGAUAGUGGUAACUACGCUGAUGAUAGUUAUGCCAGUGACGGACGUCUCAAACCUACAGAAAACCCUCAAGGCCAGUGCAGCCUCUCCGUCGUCAGGCCCCGCCCCAGCAGGAGCGGCCUCCAAUCAGGACGCAGAUCAGCCAGCCGAGCCUCGAGAUCCCGCCUCCUCACAGGAACCACGUCAGCCAGGCAAAAAGAGUUCCAAAGUCAAAGGGCUCCGUGGCAGCGGGAAAAUCUGGUCCAAGUCCAAUUAAAAGACCAAACCUGAAGGUGGUGCCAGCGGCUCUGAUGGACACUCACUGAUAAACGGACUGGUUGACACUUUAUGAGGAGGACGGGAGCAGCGACACUGGUCACCAAUCUCAACCUGAUAAAGCGAGGCACGUCUGCCCGGCUACCAGGAACAUGAAGUCUUCACACACACACACACACACACACACACACGCACACACACACGCACGCACGCUCUUCACUAUCGGAGCCAGCACGGUCCACUGCCUUUGCUCAGAGAAAAUUGGGAUUGGCUGCUGUUUGUGUUGAUUAUCUUCGGGGGUGGAAUGUUUGUGUUCUCGAGGUUCCUUUUCCAGAGUGGAACAGUGUAUAUAUAUAUAAGUGAAAAUAAAAUGUUGGGGAAUUAAA